CAAGCUACACACAGCACAGCCAACAAAAUGACCACUCGCAAGCGAAACGACUUCCUGGACAUCGCCGCCAGCGAUGAUUCUGACGCCAACGACCGCGGCUACGACUCCGAAGCCGCCGAGCAAGAGAAGAGCAAAGGCCGGGCCGUGAAGCGGCGCCGCACGCAGCCCCAACCCCAACCUCAAUCUCAAUUCGAUCUGCACGGGCUCAACGACUCCGAGUCGGACAAUGAAGAUGUCUCAGAUGCAAGCGAGGAUGAACGUCUAUUCAAGGGUCGGGGCAAGGGCAAGGCAAAGAAACCUACCACUACCGAGGAUGACGACGACGACGAAGACGAAGACGAAGAAACCAACCAACUCUCCGACGACGACGACGAAGCCACUUACCUGGACGCCACCAAACCCAGCACCACCAGCAGCAUUGGCACAAAAGUAUCCAAAACCAUCAACACGAACAAACCGCCCAAGAAAAACAAAACCGGAGUCAUAUAUCUCUCUUCCCUCCCACCAUACCUGAAGCCCUUUGCCCUGAAGGCAUUACUCGAGAAACGAUCCUUCGGGCCGAUUACGCGGGUGUUCUUGUCGCCGGAGGUGCGGUCGACGUCUGCGGGUCGGAAGCGGUCGAAUAAGCGGAAGACGUACUCGGAUGGGUGGGUGGAGUUUGCGUCGAAGAAGAUGGCCAAGUUGUGUGCGGAGACGUUGAAUGCGAAUAUUAUCGGGGGGAAGAAGGGGGGGUGGUAUCAUGAUGAUGUGUGGAAUAUGAAGUAUUUGAGGGGGUUUAAGUGGGCGGAUCUUACGGAGCAGAUUCAGCGCGAGAGGUCGGAGAGAGAGGCCAGACAGAGAGUGGAGGAUUCGAAGGCGAGGAAGGAGGAUAAGGUCUUUUUGGAGGGGUAUGAGCGGGGUAAGGUUAUCGAGGGGAUUCAGAAGAAGAAUGCGGAGAAGGGGAAGAAGAGUGGGAAGGAGGAGCAGAAGGUUCGGAUGGUGUUUAAGCAGAAUGAGGUCAAGCAUGGGAGGGAUAAGAUUGCGGAUCCGGCGUUGGGAGAUGAGACGAAGAGGGUGCUGGGGAAGAUUUUUUGAUUGCUCUCUUUGGUUGGUUGGGUGGAUGAAUUACUGUUAUACAUUUGGCUCGUUGAGAUAUCCCAAUACUAUUGUUCAUGAAGUUA